GGGUACCAGUUGAGUUAAACAGUCGAUUUACAUGCACGUUGGUCGACAAAGGCAAAGCUUCGGAGGGUUCUGUAAGAACGUCCACUUUUCGUCGUCAUUUCGAUUUACACGCUCGGACAUGCUACGAGUUUGACGUCCUCUGUGAACAAGAUUAGAUCUCUUUUGACGAGUACGAUGGAAAGAGGUAAUAUGCGUCGUCUUGGACAGAACGUGAAAAAGAAUGAUACGAAUUGAUAUGUACAAAGCGAACGAAGAGACCACCGGUGUCCGUUUGUUUUCAAAUAAACAAAGAUGCGCAGCUGAAGAUCAACGCGAAGAAAACGAAUGGAGUCAUUUCGAAGCUGGCUUCCAAUUCUUAAAAUCGAAACUGCGCUAAGUUUCUUAUCUAUCUAUUUCAGCAAACGACAGCAGCAGGGGCAUUGAAAAUCAACGAGUCGACGAGAUUCCGUCAGACGUUCGAAAGAACAUCGGCGAAAAAGCAUCAAAGAUUCAAGGAACAUCCUUGCUCGCUUCUCUUGGCAGAACCCUUCUUGAAAUUAGACAAUGGCGAGACUACGGUCAUCUUGUCUCUGGCCACGUUCUUUCCGUCUUCUUCUCUCUCUCUCUCUUUCCCUAUCUCUGUCUCUUUCCCUCUCCGAUACCUGUCACCACAGAAAAUCCCACGCUCUUGCCGAGCUCAGGGUGUGACCUGGAUACCGAGUUUCUAAGCUUUAACCCGAAGCUUUUGCUCUUCCGGACUUACUCCCUUCCUUCGAGUCUCGUUUGCGGGAGACACAGCGACGACGACGACGACGACGACGUGGCUUUUUGCGGCUGAAAGAAAGAAUAAAGAGAAAAAUAGAGAGAGAGAGAGAGAGAGAGAGAGAGAGAGAGAGAGAGAAAGAAAGGAGGGAGAAGAAACUCUGGAGUAUUGGGAAAUGGGACGAGCCAACGUAGUAGACCUUUUUGGGAUAUCGGAAAUCCGAAAGUGGUAAAUCUCCGAAAAUUAGUGGACGUGGACUUCUCCUUUGACCUUUCCCUUGUUUCUGAUCAAGAAGAAAGCGAAUGAGCACGUGUUGGCUCCUUCUAGAUAGUGGUUAUUGCCCAUGGGAUUUGGAAAUGGUAUGUAUUCUGGCAUGCUCGAUACUUACACUCACUGAAUAUUCCAAGUCCUAGAUAUCUCUUCGUAGGAUAUCGAAUAGAGAGGACGAAGGGGGAAAGAGAGAGGAUGUUUCGAACUUUCGACGAUGUGUCCGCUUCACAGUUAUCCGUCAGAGCAGACGGCGCCGAACUUUAUCGUUACUUGCUACGUCACUGAUAAUAAUAGAGUCAGACCACGUUAGGGACUAACCACUUCUCGUCUUUCGAAUUCCCUCUUCAGAAGAUCGAUUUCAACAACGAUGUAAUUCCUAUGAAUCGAGAAAUACAAGUUGCGCGUCUACACGAUUAGGAUGUUUGUCAUCGACGUUGAGAGCUGAUAUUAAUUAUUAAUUUACGAAGACAUUCGAGAGACCUCGUAUUAAUCGGAUUGGUUAAUCCUUCCUCUUCUUCUGCAAGUUUUUACCAAGGGAUAUUGACACAUAACAAGAGAAAAGAAAGAGAAAAUAAAACGACGUAGGUGAUCGUACCAAAUCGGGACUCGGUCAAAACAGAAAUAAAACAUCCUUUCUCAGUCGAGAGAAAAAAAGGGAACCAAAACAAAGCGAACCGAGUCAAGUCAAAACAAAAGUACAACAAAAGCAAACAAAACAAAAAGGGAAAGGAAAAAUCAGGAGGCGAGACGAAAAUCUAGGACCGAGCGCGUGCGCUUUGGGAUAGGCGGAGAAGGGUCGAGGAAAAGGUUGAGGAGUAGGGGUUGGCGCCCGGUGGCGCCCCACUCGCCGCUCGGCACCCUUCCACUUUUGGCUCGCGGCGCGCACGCCGUCGCCGCCGUCGCCGCGACGGCAGGGUUGGGCUGUUGUCGGAAGGGUGGAGGUGUCAGGCGCCAGUCGCUACGCGGACGCUGAGCUCGGGAUUUCCCUCGUCCUCGCGAUAUAGAGCUCUUUUUUCAGUACUAUUUAUCUAUCUCUCCUUCUCUCGCUCUCUCGUUCUCGCUCUCUCUCUUUCUCUUUGUUUUUCUGUAUCUUUCUCUCUCUCUCUCUCUCUCUCUCUCUCUCUCUCUCUCUCUCUCUCCUUCCCUGUCCCUCUGUCUCUCUCUCUUUUUCUCUCUUUUUCUUUCUCUUUUUCUCUCUCUUCCACUCUUCCCCCCCUCCUACCAGUAGUGCGUGCGAAUGCGCGCGCGCCCCCACGUUUUCACCCUCCGUUCCAUAUCUUCUGCGUUCCUCCUUUCUUCCUUUAUCUUCCCCUCUUCUCGUUGUUCAUUUCCUUUUCUUUCCUUUUCGUUUCGUUCUCCAUCCCGAAGCAACCUUAUGCACGCGUCGCCUUUUUCCAGUCGACAAUCGAAGAAACGGAAUACACCCCUCGAAAAUAUCAUUCAGCCCAGACGCAACCCUCCUUUCAUAUACAUCCUAGAGUUCUUCCCCGCUUGAUUCGUCCUAGUCGUAGGGUGAGGGUUGUAGAGCGAGACGUCUAGAGAAAGAGAGACAGAGAAUCGAGUUAUAGGAGGGGAAUCGAGAGAGGGAGAGAGUAAGGGUUGGGUGGUGGGGAGGAUCGUAAGUUCGCGAGAGUUCAGUAGAACGCGUGUGAUCGAGAGUCGCGGUCGCGCGGGAUCUUUUCUCUCUCUUAUUUCGUGUUUCGCGUGUCUUUUUGUAAGAAAGUGAUGAUAACAGAGUUAUCUUCUUCGAAGAUCGUGAAAGGAUAGAUUAGUGAUCGGUUAAGAUUCGAAAUCAGUAUAGUAACUCAUCGAAGGUGCUUUCGAGAGAGGAUAAAGAGGGAGCUGUACGAAGAAAGAGAGAGAAAGAGAGAGGAGGAGGAGGUGGAGGAGGAGAAGGAGGAGGAAGAGGAGGAGGAGGAGGAGGAGGAAGAGGAGGUGGUGAAGAGGAGUAAGAGGAGAAGGAUCAUGGAGGAGAAUGGAUCGAGAUUGUGAUGUUACUCGCGAGGGAAUAUACCUUUAGAAAUAAAAACGGAGAAGGCGGCAAAGGAAAUAGGUCUAAUAUAUUACUUUGGAGAAGAUUGGAUGAAACGAUUCAACGAAGAUAGAUAAGAAGAAAAAGAGGGAGAAAAAACAGUUUGGGCGAUAUCGGAAAGGACAUCGAGGAUCGGCAGUGAAAUAAAAAGAAGGAAGAUAACAGAAGAGUAUCUUAGGUGGGUUUUAUGAAAAGGCGAAAAAUGCGAUAGAGAUCGGUGAAUCGUCGAUGAAGCAUCAUCAUGUGCUCGAGCGUAAGAGCUUGGAGGUGGAGGGGAGCUCUCUUGGGCACGAUGAUGCUCGCUUGGACUUGUAUCGUCGAGGGCUGCCCGAGUAUGUGUAACUGCAAGUGGAAGGGUGGGAAGGAGUGGGUAGAGUGUGCAAAUCGAGAUCUGAAGGGACUACCACAGGGUGCCAGAGAGGAGACUCAGGUGUUGGAUCUGUCGGGCAAUCACCUGGUCAGUUUACCACCGGAAUGCUUUCACGCUUUGGGACUGAUCAAUCUUCAGCGACUCUAUCUCGGUAGAUCGCACAUAAGUAGAAUAGCCGUGAGAGCGUUCGAAGGGUUGGUCGGCCUGGUCGAGUUGGAUCUGACGGAAAAUCUGAUCGACGAGAUACCAACGGAAAGCUUUUCGUCUUGCCCGAAUCUCAUGAGGCUGACGUUGAACGGUAAUCCUAUAGAAGAGAUCAAAAGAGGCGCCUUUCAUCGUCUGGUGCAUCUGACGAAUCUGGAGCUGAGCCAGUGCAGACUCGAGAUCAUCGAAGAAGGUGCCUUCGAUGGUUUGCGUUCCCUCGAAUGGUUACGUCUGGAUGGUAAUCGAUUGACGUACAUGCCAAAUCAUACCUUACCACUCGGCGGUUACCUUCGAGGAUUGACAUUACAUAAUAAUCCUUGGUUGUGCGACUGCGGCUUGAGAAUUCUGCAAGCUUGGCUGAAGGAAUCGGCACCGGCAGCUCCUCAGGAAUCCGAACCGACUUGCGACAUGCCAGCUCGAUUACGGGACAGACAGAUAAAAACGAUAAAGGACAACGAGCUGGCGUGCCUACCGCGAAUCGAGUUGCAGGAACGUGUCGAUGUAUACGAGGGUAGCAACGUGACGUUCCAAUGCAACGUCCAUGCAGUACCGGCUGCUACGAUCAGCUGGUGGUUCAACGGAGACCUCUGCGAGCUUCAGAAUGAGAAUGACUCCUCGACGAUGAACUUGUUGACUUUUCCAAGAUACAUCUAUAAGCAACGUGGCUCGAUCAACAUGUCGAGCACUCUGUACGUAUACUCGGUGGAGGCUAACAACGAUGGCGUGUAUAGUUGCGUCGCGGAGAAUACCGCUGGUACCACUGGAGCGAACGUCACUCUGAAGGUUUUGUUCCGUGAAAAGGUAACCGCGGAACCUCCAUCGGACGAUCCUGGUUCCGGUUACGUAGCAGCGAUAGCCGCUGGCGCGCUGGUAGGCACUCUCUUCGUUCUCGGCUGCCUGGUCGGUAGUAUUGUGUUUUGCGUGCGGAAACGUCGACGCGAUCGGAAGAGGAAUUCCAAGGCGUUGGUCUCGCAGAACAAAUCGGUGAUGCCUAUCACGAAGGAUACAACGACGAGUCUGCCAAGUUGUAGAAAGGGUAAUGGAAGUUUGGUCGGUUUCGAGCAUCAACAGAUCGUCUCUUACACAGAACGCGAAAUUGGCAGAGCUGCGACCUUGGAACGAAGAGAACAACGUGGUAAUUUGGAAGAGUCCUACGGUAGUCCGGUAUCGAAGUAUCUCACAGAGCCGGACUUGAUAAACGAAGUUCCUGAAACCACGGACGUGACCUAUGGCCAGUUAUACCGUCAUCAGACAAACGAGAGGCACGUACUCGAGUACGACUCUGGUUACCCGAUACAACCACCGGACUUACGUCCAUCGAAUAUACCGCAAUUGAGUUACUUGGAUCAAGAUGGGUAUCCAUUGAACUUUGGCCUGCCAAAGAUCUCGUUCAAUACCGCGAGUACCCUUCCUCGUUUAAGGACAAGAAUGGCAGAGGGUUCAGCCGUCGCACCACCGGCUAGAUACUCGAGAGAAGCCGAGUUCUUAGCUAGAUCAACGGCAGGUUAUGAUCCAGUUUUACCUAGGACCGAUGCUAGAUACACCGCCGAAGGUUAUCCUUACCCUGCUCAUCAACCAGUCGAACAACCGAUCCAGCAGCAGCUUCAACAACCCGUCGUCUCACCCGUUGUCUCGCCAGCCUCUGUUUUUCCAGAGGUUCCCUUCAUACCUUCACCACCUGCUGCUUACAGAGGCGAAACUACACCGCUAUCACCGAGAUCUUUACUCGGCAAGACUGCGCGCGAAGCAGCCGCUGCUGCUGCUGCCAGGGCGGACGAACUUCAACCCCCUCAUCAUCCGGAAAGUCCGGACGAAGGUUACGUCGGCGAUGCCAUGGACGUCUGAAAAUUAUCACGAAUUUCAUCGUGCUCAACUGAUCGAUACGAAAAACGGUAAAGACGGUGGGAUCGAUUACCAUUUCGUUCAGAUGACCAAAUCUUUCGUUCCAAAGGUUCCGCUACUCUGUGCUUCCAUCGUCAAUAAUUCUUUUUCUUUUCUUUGUUUUCUUUUGAUUCUAAACGAUGAAUAAAAGUGUCGAAAAGGGAAAUGUAAAAAAAAAAGAGAAAGAGAGGAAAAGGAACGAUGAUCGAUCGAUCCGAAAGAAUAGCCAUUCGAAGUAUUAAUAAUCGUUUCUAUCGUUGGACCAUUUAAACUCACUGAUCGACAUCGAAAUAACCGAAGAUCGGGCUAUGGAUUUAUGUGUUCGAUUUAAAGACAUUUCAUCCACACAUAUCGCGUGGUAAAUUUGUGGGGGUAACAUCGUAUUACUUCGCACGCUCACAGCCCUAUCAUCCAUCGUCUUUCUAUAUCCUUCGAAAUGGGUCGACGUCGUCGUUGACAUAGUCGUUCUCGGCCAUCGAAAUGGGCGUUAAGACGACAUCGAGUCGAAGGAAGCAUAGAGGAAGCUCGAACAAAGGAGGAAUCCCACUGUCGGUACCGGUCCUACGAAAUUAAUCAGCUUGGAGAGAGAAUAUCUGGAAUUCUCGGACGACGACGACGACAUGUCUCUCUCUCUCUCUCCCUCCCUCUCUCUUUCUCUCUCUCUCUCUCUCUCUCUCUCUCUCUCUCUCUCUCUCUCUCUCUCUCUCUCUCUCUCUCUCUCGUGAGAUCAUAAUUCCUUGUCGUAGACACGUCUCUUGACGUUCGUUUGCAGAGUGCUUCGAUUCGAAUAAUAAUAAUCGGUCGACGUAGAUCUCUACGUAGAUCCUUACGUGGUCCUGCCCCUCCUCCUUGUCCCCCCUUGAGAAAAGGGGGAACCUAUUCGUGAAUCAUUCAACGAAUAAUUAUCGAUCGAAAAGUCAACUAUGAGACGGAUCAUAAUAAUUCCUGUGACAAAUGAGAGUGAAAGAUGUGCGUCGUAUAUACGUAUACACACACAUACAUAUGUAUAUAUGUAUGUAUGUAUGUAUAUAUGUAUAUAUACUUUCUACGAGAUAAUUUGAAAAACAAAGAGACAGAGAGGUGAUUAACGAUAAGAGAAAGACCGAUCAACGACCUAACAAGUAAUUACCUACACGACACUGUAUAUGUACGUAUAUACGUACGUGGAACUCGUUCGAUCGCAAAACUUUUCACCACCCUUUUCACCCUCGCCUCACCCCAUCGAUAACUUCACCUUUUUUAGACGUACUAAAUAAACCAAUACGGUUAAUGAAACUUCGAGACAUUUUCUGGGACGAAAAAAAAGAAAAUAAAAAAAAAAGAAGCAGGGAUUUUGCGGAUGUAGUCAUUCUGCUGUAGUGAUAAUAAUGUUAACUCGGUGUUUAAGACUGCCGGAUUGACGGUAACGUCGAAUUAACAGGACGAUAGAUAUUACUGGUGGUUACUUUAAAUAUCUAAUGUACAGAGACUGUCGGGUAUACAUAUAAUAUGUACGUGUAUUAUACACACAUACGUGUAUAUAUAUAUAUAUAUAUAUAUAUAUAUAUAUAUAUACACAUAAUAUACAUAUAACAUAAUUAACGCGAUGAAACUUUUGAACGGUGAAAGUAGUUAUUUUUUAAAAGGGAAAGAAUCAUCGAGCCAAUUCUACAAUUUUUUCUUUAAUGGACGUCUUGAAGAAAUUUGUAUAAAAACGUUCAACACGAUCGGCGAAGGACAUUCGAGAGAAUAAUAGUAGGGCGAAUUCGUGAUUAUCGGUGCAUACUCGAUUAAAAUUUAUCUUUAUGCGUGUGUGAAGUAAUCGUCUCGUAAAAUAAUUAACUCGAAUGUCCACGCAAUAAAUUAACGUAACGUACAUUAGAAAGAAGUUUAAUGUAUAAUCGAUAAGGAAUCAUUUCGUAAUGAAGGAAACUGGAGGUGUGUUCGAGAUAAAAAGAAGAAAGGAAAGGAGUGUGAGAGUGUGAGUGUGCGCAUUGAUACACGACGAUAUCGGACUUUAUAUAUACAUUUAUGUGUAUAUAUAUAUAUAUAUGUAUAUCAUCGAAAUAAGAAAAGAAAACACCCUAUCUACACCGAGAAACGACGUUCUAUUAUUUUUCGUCGGACAGUAAAACCAUUGAAACUCAAUUUUGUUCUUAAAAGGACAUAUGCACCUCAUACAUACAUACACACAUAUACACACACACGCGCGCACGCACAGCAAACACACUCACACAUCUUCGUCACAAUACAUACGGUCGUCGAUUGAGAUCGUUCAAUUCUUUGCAGUCCAUAAUUACUAUCGACGUUUCCUCUUCGUCAAUCAAUCGUUAUUAAUUUAUUAUCGAGUUUAUAUUUAUUAAUAUCGUAAAAAAGUAAUUAUUUGCGACGAAAAUGUUUCUCAAAUUUUUACAAUUUUCGAAUUAAUAUAACAAUUUCAUAAUAAAUAUACGUAAUAAUUUGCUAUAUGGUAUAUCGGAAAAAAGUAUGUUAAGUUAAAGUCGACAUUGGACCGCAAGAAAAUGUUGUAAACCUAAAAUGACUUUUAUAGAAAAAAAGAAGAUGGAAAAGUUUGUAAGUUUCAUUUUUGUUAUAAAAGCUCUUCGGAAAGAGCACGAUUUCUCGAUCUCACCGAACGUAUAGUUUCUUUGUUAACCCAUUAUCAAAGUCUCACAAUUCAUUAUAAAUUCGAAGAAAAGGAGGACGAAGUUUAUCUUAUUGUUAGACAUCGUCUUCUAUCUUUGACAUUUCCUCGAAUAUAUGGAAAGUCGAGUUUGGUUUACGCAUUAUAGGAAAGAUCGAUCUACGUUCUCACGGCCGUUCCCGAGUUUCGUAAGUUUUUAAGUAAAUAGACAGAACGUUAUACGCGUGCACGCGCAGAAAGCGAAGUUAGAAAGAGAAAAUCGGAAAGGGAGAUAGAGUUAGACAGAGAAAAAGAGAAUAUGUAUGUGUGUGUGUGAAAGAGAGAGAGAGAGAGAGAGAGAGAGAGAAAUAUAUAUAUUCACGUAUGGUGUCCUAUAAUAGACACAUAUACGUGAAAAUCGCGCGCGUAGACUCAACUCGAUAGAGAUUCGAACGCGCGCGCGCGAGCGUGCGUUCUACAGGGUAAUAAGAGAUGGAAGUGUGUUGCGGACGUUAAGUUCCAUUGCGAAUGUAUAUGUAUAUUAUGACGUUAUAGAUGUUUGUAAUCUCUGGUAUAAAGUGAAAGAGAACAAACGUGUAAAACGAAAAUCACGAAACAAAAAAAGAACAUAGAUUUUCAUGAAUACUGAUCAACAUUUUCAUUUUUUUCUCUCUUUUUUUUUUUCUUUCAAUUUUUUGGAAAUUGACGACAUCCGAAAUAAAAUUUGUCCCGGUGAUAUCGUCUAGAUUUAUAUUGUUUAUUUAUUUAUUUAAUUAAACAUUUAUUUAUUUAUUUACAUAGUUUGUUAGUUUUGUUAAUUAUUUCGCUUUGAAUUGUUUUUUUGCCAUCACGAACACGCACAAAUUUACACGCGCGUGUGUGCUGAUCGAUCGCACACAAAUACACGAAUAAAAUGAUAAGGAUGAAUGAAAAAUUGUUAAGGAAAUUUUGUCUGACUGUCGAUUAAAAGAAAAAAGGUAAAAAAAAAAACAAAAAGAAAAAACGUUUCUAGCGAAUUUUUUGGUAAAUUUGUUGCGAAAAUAGAACAUUAUUAGUUGAAAACGCUGAUUCGCGUAAAAUUAACUUGGCAAUUAACGUGGUAAAGAGCGAACUAUGGUACUAACCAUGGUACGGAUUCCCACACGCGGAAUUUUUUCGCGUCCUACGUUCCUUUCCUCUUUAUAUAUUUUUUCUCCCUCUUUUCCUCGUACAAAUGUACCCAUUUACAUAGAUCUUUGUUUUUCUUUUACGUUGCAGAUUCCAAAAGUCGCUCACUAGCACUCUCUUCUCGUACGUUUCGUUUGUAUGUACGUACGUACGUAGAGACGAGAGAAUACGAAGGGUUCACAUUUUUACGAGGACUGCCAUUUUAAGUACAUACGUCCAAACGAUUGUACACUUUAGCCCAUUUCGUAACACGUAUUCCCAUGAGGAAGAGAGAAAGAGAGAGAGAGAAUUCAUUUCACAACCUAUAUUUUGUAUCAUCUUUAAAAGAAAAAAGAAGAAAAAGAAAGGAAAAAAGAACGUAACAUUUUUUGUAUAAUUAUCAAAACGGAUCGAUUGUCAAGGAUUAAAUAUUCAAAAGGAGAAGUGAAAAAUCAUGAAAAUUUUCACUCUUCGAGGAUCGUUCGUUUCGCAUAUCUAUCUAUAAUAUUUCCGUCUCUAGGUUCGACCAUUUCGUUUAUUUCCCUUUUCGUUCAAAAUCCUCUCCCUCUCUUUGGAAGAGAGGUAUUUGUCCUCGUACCUUGCUCGCACGAAUCCGGUCGUUUCGUUUGAAAAAUUUACAAGGAUCUCCCUAGAGAAAAGUAGUUGUCGCUUCUCAUGGGAUUUCUCAUCUCUCUUCUAUGCAACCGAAAGAAAGGCAAUAUCUAUUUUCACAACGAUUUUCUCGUUACGCGAUCGGUUUCACUCAUCUUUUAGUUUUUCUUCCAUUCUUUCUAUUCUUUUUCCUUUCCAUCUUUUUCCUCGUACAAGUAUACUUGUUCGUGCAACUUCCGACAUUCUUCUUACUUUCCUCCUUCCACUUUUCGUCUUUCUUAUCUCAAAAUCGGUUGAAGUUACCCAUCCCGUAUAUUCAAAGUUUUCCCACAUCUUACGAAUAACGAGUAAUGAAUGACGAGAAAAGUUUUCUUCGUGAAUGAGUAUUACUUUUUUCUUCUUUCUUUUUCCCCUUGGUCCCUACAGUAAUUAUGUACUCUAUUCGAAAAAAUCUGUUCAAACGAUUACGGUAUUAUUUAUAUAAAAUACUUCGUAAAAGAAGAAAGAAAAGGACGAAAAAGUAGCAAAGAGAAUCUUAUUAGACCAAAUUAAAAGAAAAUCUUAUAGAACCAAAUUAUUAAAUAAAAAGUUUAUCGGGAAUUAAUAUUGAAAUCAUUCGUCCAGAGUUCAAUCUGAUUUACAAGGUAAAAUAGAGAAAAUUCGAUAUGCGUCAUCGCGUCUAAAUAAAGCUGGAAGAGAAAACACAACGGAUAACUCACUUGAUCGAUUUAUCAUUUUCCGUAGUUCGAAUAUCGCGCGUUGAUAUCAACGAGAAUGCGGAAUCCUCGUAAAGUCCUCCAUAUAGCUGAUCGAAUUGGGAAUACUUUUAUCUAUAGGUAUAUACGUAUAGACGUUCUCGUUAGCGAUAACUUAUCGUUCCCGGACUGGCCGGUAUUAAUUAUUAGGGAGUGCGCGACGAUUAUAUGCGCGCAAGCCACGAGAAUUUAAUUAAUACCUGGCCGACCGAGCAAACUCACACGUAUGUACUCAUACGUAGAUCUAUAUAUAUAUGUACAUACAUGUUAUAUAUAUAAUAUAUAUAAUAUAUAUAUAAUAUGUAUAUAUAUAUAUAUAUUCUCUCUCUCUCUUCUAGUGUCUCCCUCUCUUACAUACGUAUACAUAUCGAGCAGAAUUUCGCUUAACAAUGGCGUCGAAAGCACCUGCGAGCAUCCUCGCUCGAAUUCCAAGCUCUACUUUUUCUUCCCUUUCUCAAGCUUCUCACAAAAUUUACGUGCCUACUCCGAAAGAAUAAGGGCGUUGGUGGUAAAAGAGAAGAAGGGUUUAACUUUCCUACGCUUCUCUUUCGCUCUCUCUUUCUCUUCUUUUUUUUUGGUCUAUUAUACCUUCCGUUUCCACCCACGUACGGCGAAUUACACUUGGUCAUUUGCGGUUAUCCUAAAAAUGUGUGUGUGUGUGUGUGUGUUUGAGAAAGAGAGAGCGAGAGAGAGAAAGAAAAAGAAAAAGAAAGAGAAAUACCAUUCUUUUUUCUCUUAACAUUCCUUCCUUCUUUCCCAGCGGAGAGACGUUAAUUACAAGCAACGUGGCUGUACUUGCUCGUUGGUAACCUAAGUAUGCUGACCGCCAUUUUCAUAGCCAUUUUCUAAAACGCUGAUGUGGUUCUCCAAAAAUUUGAUGAGAAGGAGGAUUACUUUUUACUCAUCCCUUCUCUCUCUCUCUCUCUCUCUUUUCCUAUAUCUUUUCCUUUCUGUUGUUUCAUGAUCCACGAGAAAAGUUAGUAUGAAAAGUGGUCUUUCGUUUUUCUUUUUUUCUUCUUUUUAGUACUUGUACAUUUUCAAGAACUUCCUUCUCUUAUUUAUGGUAAAUUAUUAAAGGCUUUGUUCUUUCCUCGUUCUAUCUAUCUCCUCGGUCCAUUUAUCAACUCAUCUAUCCUUCUCUCUUUUCAUCGAUUUACAAAGAUCGAAUACGCGACGCGUUACGCGAUCGACGCGAACGAGAAGAAGUGAAGGAGACGAAGGAGAAGGAGAAUCAAUUUAUCGUUCCUCCGUUCUCGAAUAUAUCGACGCGCGAUAUCUCUAUUUUUCUUCGUCCCUGAAACGGAUACGGCCGCUAGAGAUCUUUUUCUAAGAGAGCGAGAGAUCGUUCGAUCGAUCGAUCGCGUUAAAACGACAGCGAAUCCUCCACACAUUUCGAUAUUUCAUCCCUUUUAUUUCUUCGGUAUCAAAUUAUUUCUUUGAUACAUCGUUUAUCUUCUUUUUUUCCCUCUUCCUCUCUCUCUCUCUCUCUCUCUCUCUCUCUGUUUCUCUCUGUCUCUCUUUCUCCCUCUCUCUCUCUCCCUCCUACUUUUAUUUUGAGAUCGUCAAUUUGAUGAUUCGAUUAUAAAUUUAUUCGAGUGAGUUCUCGACGAAUUUUAAAUUCUCUAAGAGGACUUGGUAAUGCGAGUGUGUUUAAUUAUACCGAAAUGACGAACGCACGUUCGUUUUCUAAUUACGUUAUGUUUUAUUUUUCAGCUUUUACUCUGCAUGAAAUUAAUAUAAUAUUAAUACGUUUUUCAAUACGCGAGUCGAGUCUGUGUCAAAUAUUUGUCAACAAAAUUUUUCUUUCACUCUAAAUUUGUGUUUUAUAAUUUAUACUUAUUAAUUUUAGUAAGGAAAAACAUUUAAUAUAUAACAUUUUUAAAAAUGUUGGAAGAAUCGAAAAAUAUAACUGGUAUAUACGUUUAUCUCGAAACGAGAUAUAAAAGAAACGUAGCCGAAAAAGCUCGUGGACCUCUCGAUUUUCGAAUCGAUUGCCGUUCCGAUUUCUCUCUACCAUGAAAAUGUGCUUUUUUCUGAUCAGUCAGGAUAUACGCGCGCGCGUCCACGCAAUGGAUACAUACAAACACGCACACGCACGCACGCACGUACACGUAUAUUCGCACGUACGUAUGUAAGUACGUCGAUAUUUCCAACUGAAUCCAUAUAACUCUUUGCGAGCGUACGAAUAAAAAAAAUACACAAAUAUACAUACAUAAAGGAUACAUACUUCACGCGCGUACAUCACACACACACACACACACACACAUACAGUAAUAUACGUACACACAUAUACAUACGAUGUUCCGUACGAUCGAGCAAUACGAUUUGUAUUACCGUGUAUAACGUAAUGUAUUCGAUUCUGCACAUGUCGUACAUACUUUGGAUGUAGCGAAGGAUUUUUCACGACUGAUAUGAGAUUAAAGAAUAAAAAUAGCUUUUGUAUUAA